AUGAUAAAGACUGCUACUGGGACCAAUAACGAAAGUGCUGUAUUAACGUCCUACCAAGUAUCUUUGCUAGUUGCAAAAAGUGGUAAGCCCCACAACAUUGCUGAAGACUUAAUUUUACCGUGUGCUAAAAUCAUGGUUUCUGCUAUGUUAGGUGACAAAGCUUCAAAAGAAUUGGACGUUGUAUCGUUAUCAAACAACACAGUGAAAAGGAGAAUUGAUGAUUUGUCGGGAAAUGUUAGAGAACAGCUGAUUUUCUACGUUAAAGCAAGCAGAUUUUAUGCUUUGCAAUUAGAUGAGAGCACAGAUAUUAGCAAUGAUGCAAACUUGCUUGCAUAUGUUCGUUACGAACACAACAGCAUAAGUGAGGAUUUUUUAUUUUGUUUACCUUUACCUUCGCACACUACAGGUGAAGCAAUAUUUGAAGUAUUGAACAACUUUAUGUCCACUCAUGAAAUUACAUGGGACAAGUGUGUCGCAGUUAGCACCGACGGUGCUGGGGCUAUGACCGGGACACGAACAGGGCUGCAGGCGCGCGUUAAAAAGAUGAAUCCAGCUAUUAUCUGGCAUCACUGCUGCAUUCAUAAGGAGGCACUAGCAGCUAAAAACAUUCCAGAACAAUUAAAAACAGUGUCAGACGACAUAGUGCAGGUGGUGAAUUUUAUUAAAGCUAGGCCUUUAAAUUCCCGUAUUUUCGGUAUCAUUGUGAAGAAAUGGGAAGCAUUCACAAGCAGUUAUUAUUGCACGCUGAAGUCUGUUGGUUAUCUCGUGGCAAAGUUGUGA